CGGGGAGGCCGCGGCUCCGCCCGGGCCCGUGAGGGGGGCAGUGACCGGGGUGGGCCGGGCUCGUCCCCGGCCUCGCCGGGCGGUCAAAGCGUGCCUGGAGAGUGCGGUAAAGGCAGGGGGUUGUGGUUUGUAAGCUCUCUGGCGUACAGGGCUCGCCGGCGCGCAGUUACGCCGUGGGAGUGGUUGUGUGAAGCGGCGCCCGAGCGCCCCAGCGUCUGUGAGAUGGCUGAAGCAGAAGCUCAGGAAGAAAACUGUGACAAAUCAAUAGAGAUGAUAGAGAAGUGCAACAAAGACUUAGAAACACUUCUGGAGGAAAUGGAAAAAAUAACAGUUCGUGCAGCCUGGAUGACCUACGGCAUCGUAACCAUCCACACCAACCCAGACCUGGCCAGCUCCAUGAAGCACCUGGAAGAUGCCUUCCUGAGGUGCAAAGAACAGGUGGGGAGGAAGUGGCAAGAGGUGCUAAAGGAAUCCAAAGGUGAAGAGGAAUAAACUGAAUUCUCUCGUGCUGGCAGAGCCUUGGGAGAUCGCUCCGUUUAUUUGCCAGCCACGGAGGUUUCACAGCCACUGUGGAAAAGGGAUUGGCUUUCACCGUGCUAAGAACUUACAAGUAAACAUCUAAGGAAGUAUUUAAUGAGAUGACACAGAUAUAUUUAUAUUAUUGAAGGCAAAAGGUAACAGUGUGCUUAUUUCUGUGAGGUCCAUCAGUAACCCCUGCAGUGUUUGCACACACCACUCACACGCCUUCUGUGCCUUUCCUCCUGGAAGUUCACACUCGCUUCAUCCUCAGUAUAACCAGAAUUCUCUGAGACCUGAGCACACUGUGGGUGGGGAGCAGGGCUGGUGUAGUGGACCAUCCCCAUGCCUUUCAAGGAAAACUGAGGAAUUACUUACUUUUCCAAAUGAAAAACAGGUGGCACUCUAGACUGAGUUAGUCGGAUGUAUGAUUGCCAUCCAGGUGUUCAGUUCCAGAGUUUCAUUAUUCAGGUAGCUCAUCUGUAGGUGUUCCAUUUUGUUUCACUGGAUUUUUAACCAUUUCUUUGAACUGGUUUUCCCAGAAAGAUUGUUCUUCUCAAACCCUCUGAAGGGUAGCAUGACUUAAAUAUUUAAGUAAAACGUUUUUACCAUUA